UUCCUUGUGUGGAUUUAGAUGUUUACAAAUGUUGUGCAAUCGUCUUAUUCUGCAGGAUUGAGAAUAUUUAUGAUCACAAAGAAACCGUUACCUGUAUAUCAUUCUGUGUAAGAACUCUUCAGAAAAAAAAGAAAAAAAAAAUUCCGCAAUACUAAAUCAAUAAUGACAAAAUGCUGAAAAAUCAACAUGUUUUUGCACUCUGGCCAUAAACUAUUGUCAUCAGAGCAGCACCAUGUAAUUAAAUAUGAUACUGUAUGUGCUGAAUGAAAAAUGAGUGGGAAAUAGCAGUAUUUGGCAGUUAAAUCCUGUUUUUUUCUCUCUUUUUGAGUUUGUGUUUAGUUGGAGAUUUUGUGCAUCAGCGAGAUAACUGACUGAUACACAUUGGUCACAAACACUCAGGUGUCUUCAGAUCAAGGCGAUAAUAUUAGAUAAAACUGGGACGCUUAUUUUCAGUUUUGGGGGGCAGUUUUGUGUUGCCUGGUAUUGAUCUAUGGUUUUAAAAAUCGAAAAAGAUUUCUUUAUACCAAGAAAGACUCUUAUUUUAUUGUGUGGCAGAUCGGAUGACUUCUCUUCAUAGGGAGAAAAAAACAUAUUGCGUAAUAUCCCUGUUUAGUCAUGGAGUCAAGUGAAAAUGGAGAUAAAGGAUUUAAUGGAGAAGCGGAGAGUGGAGAUAAUGAGACUCAUGUGGAAGACUCCGAGAGUUCCACUUUGUUAUCCUCUUCCACGCCUGCGGAAGAUGAGGGUGGAAAUUUAGUUCAGGGAGAGUAUAGGGGCAAAUUCCAGGUCACCCCAGCCAUUGUAGUCCAUGAGGUGGGGAUAGAUCAGAAUGGUAAACCGUACAAGGUGGAUAUUGAUGAGGAGCAUGGUGAGGACAAUUCUCGUAAUUUGGACAACAAUCCUUUGGCCAGCAAUGAUGAACUGGAAUCUCCCUACUCCCAGCAGAUGGAGCUGUAUGCAGAUGAUCUGCACGAAAGAGGAAAAAUCUCUCAAAUUCUUAACCGCAUUGCCAAUUACCAAGGUGGUGUGGAGCCCAAUAUCAGCGAAAAUUACAAGUCCAGACCAAAGACGGUACGUGGAACUGUGAAGUUGGGUACUCUGUUAGGGGUAUACCUUCCCACUAUACAGAACAUUUUUGGAGUGUUGCUGUUUAUUCGUAUGACAUGGAUAGUGGGGAUGGCAGGAUCUAUAGAGAGUCUGGGAAUAGUCAUCAUUUGUUGUUUUACAACUUUUCUGACAGCCAUAUCUAUGAGUGCCAUAGCAACCAAUGGAGUUGUACCAGCAGGUGGAUCCUACUUUAUGAUUUCCCGUGCACUGGGGCCAGAAUUUGGGGGUGCUGUAGGGGUGCUCUUCUAUCUUGGAACCUCAGUGGCAUCUUCCAUGUACAUUAUAGGAGCAGUGGAAAUUCUAGUGAAAUUCAUUGCACCUGUCAUGUCAAUAUUUGGAGAUGUAACCAUCGAGUCCAAUGCUUUCAAUGCCUACAGAAUCUAUGGCACAGUGAUUCUUCUUCUCCUAUCUCUUAUCGUGUUUGUUGGGGUGCGAUUUGUCAGCAAGUUUGCAGCCCUUUCACUAGCCUGUGUCAUUCUGUCCAUUCUCUGUAUAUACAUUGGUAUAUUUGCUGCCACAAAGGAUGAUAAUGUGAGGAUAUGUUACCUUGGAGAUAGACUGUUAACAAGUGAGUUAGCCGAGACCAAUGGUGUGUUUACGUGUAGUAAGGCCAACAAUACAGCUCUGUAUGCUAAACAUUGCUUCAAUGAAACGUGCGAUGACUUCUUCAAUGAACAUGAAACUAGAGUGGUGGACGGAAUUCCUGGGCUGGCCAGUGGGGUGUUUCAUGCCAAUCUACAUAACCGCUACACAGAAGAGGGUAAAAUUAUCGGCACUGACAUGAAAGGGAAUCGAGCUUACGGAGAAAUCGUGGCUGACAUCACGUCCUCUUUCAUGGUGUUGUUGGCAAUUUAUUUCCCUUCCGUAACAGGUAUAAUGGCGGGUUCCAACAGGUCAGGAGAUCUAGCGGAUGCCUCCAAAUCUAUUCCAGCAGGAACCAUUGCGGCCAUUAGCACCACCUCUUUUGUGUAUUUUACUUGUGUACUCUUCUUUGCUGGCACAAUUGAAGGGGAUUUGCUAAGAGAUAAAUUUGGAGAAAGUAUAAAUGGUGGUCUGGUUGUGGCGAAGUUGGCAUGGCCCACUGAGUGGGUGAUUCUGAUUGGCUCAUUUUUGUCUACCCUGGGAGCUGGACUUCAAAGUCUCACAGGAGCACCUCGUUUGUUACAAGCCAUUGCUAGUGACGGAGUUAUCCCCUUCUUGAAUGUAUUUGGGGUAACCACUAAGAGGGGGGAGCCUUUCCGUGCUCUUCUGUUAACCGCACUCAUAUCGGAGCUAGGAAUCCUGGUGGCCAACCUUGACAUGGUAGCACCCAUCAUCACCAUGUUCUUCCUAAUGUGUUAUGGAUUUGUCAAUAUGGCGUGUGCACUGCAGACAUUACUGAGAACACCAAGCUGGAGACCCCGAUUUAAGUUCUACCAUUGGAUUCUCUCCCUUCUUGGACUGGCGUUGUGUGUUACUCUGAUGUUUAUAUCCAGUUGGUACUAUGCCUUGGUAGCUAUUGGUAUUGCUGUCUGUAUAUACAAGUACAUUGAAUAUAAAGGUGCUGAGAAGGAAUGGGGAGAUGGAAUCCGGGGUCUGGCCAUGUCUGCCGCUCGAUACUCAUUACUGAGAGUACAACAGGGAAUCCCCCAUACCAAGAACUGGAGACCACAGCUGCUAGUGUUAAUGAAGUUGGAGGAUGACCUCAGCCCCAAGUACCCACAAAUGGCCGCCUUUGCCAGUCAGCUUAAAGCAGGGAAAGGUUUGACUCUGGUGAAUUCUGUGAUGGAAGGGAAGUACAUGGAGAGAUAUGAUGAUGCCCAGGUUGCCAAACAGAAAUUAAGUAAGACCAUAGAACAGUUUGGAGUCAAGGGAUUUUCUGAUGUGUUAGUGAGUGAGAAUGUUUCUGUUGGAAUGUGUCAUAUGAUACAGAAUGCUGGUUUGGGAGGACUGCGACACAACACUGUGAUGAUUGGUUGGCCAUAUGGAUGGAGACACGACCAUAAUGAGAGGAGCUACAAAGUCUUUUUGGAUGCUGUGAAGAACAUAAAUGCAGGACAAAUGGCAUUACUUGCCGUAAAGGGGAUCAAUUUGUUCCCAUCCUCCAAUGAAAAACUCAAAGGAACCAUUGACGUUUGGUGGAUUGUGCAUGAUGGAGGAAUGCUGAUGUUGUUACCUUUCCUGUUGAAGCAGCACAAGACGUGGAAACACUGUAAACUCAGGGUCUUCACUGUAGCCCAACUUGAGGAUAACACUAUUCAGAUGAAGAAGGAUUUAGAGUUGUUUAUGUAUCAGUUACGAAUAGAUGCAGAGGUCCAUGUGUUAGAAAUGAGUAACAGUGAUAUUUCUGCCUACACUUAUGAAAGAACACUUAUGAUGGAACAGAGAACAGAAAUGUUGAAACAGAUGAAAGGAAAUAAAAAAGAGGCAUUGGGACAUGUGCAGUCCAUCAUUGACCAGUCUCACGUGACUCCGGUUUCUCCCACCAAGAUCAAGCUGGAACCGGUUCAGGAGGAGAGCCAGGGACCGGAGAGUUCCACUGACGAGGAGAAGCUGGAAUCUCACCAGUAUACCUUCACCCCCGGGGCAGCCAAGAUCGGCUCCACAACCAGUAAUAAUGGGAAAGCCGGGGAUUACCUCCAAAUCAAACCCGAUUCCAAAUUUAAUGGCAAUCUUAAUAAGAAACCUGACAAGAAGAAUAUACGACGUAUGCACACUGCUGUAAGACUGAACGAGGUCAUCAUAGAGAAGUCACAUGAAGCUCAGCUAGUCAUUCUCAACCUCCCGGCCCCACCCAAGUCUGAGGCAGCCGAACUCAACUUUAUGGAGUACCUUGAGGUGUUGACCGAGGGCUUAGACCGAGUGCUAAUGGUCAGAGGAUGUGGAAAUGAGGUCAUCACCAUCUACUCAUAAUAACGUCAGAAUGAAAUAACAUUGGUAAAUCAAAGAAGGUGCAGAUUGGGAAAAAAAAGAUUAUACAUUGUAUAUCUUCUUGUUAUGAACUGAAGAUGUGUGCAUAUUCAGUCACCAUCUAAGGGGAUUUUUUUAUGGUAGAUGAUUUUGUUUAAAGUACAGAUGUAAAAGUUAGUUAGUUUUUAACAAUGUGCAUGUUUUUAGAGAUAAUUAUUUCAAAGCUUGUAUUUUUUUUAUUAUUGUAUUUUUUCAACUGUAUGUGAUAGAGCAAUAAGGGCCAAAGGAUUUUUUUCACAGGAAAGGGGAAAAGAUUGAUACAUAUCUAAGUUUAAUUGAUUUUCACAAAUUUUUAAAAAUCACUAUAGAAUGUAAAAAAGUCAAUAGUUUUCCUGAAAUAUAUUUUGCUUUCAUAAGGGUUUAGUUGUACUGUGUUAGUUUAUACUCAUUUCUCCACCUUUUUGCUGCUGGAAAUGUUUAUACAUAUAACUUGUGUAGGCGUUUCAACGAAAAUAUUUUUGAAUGCAAAUAUGGCUCAAAAUAUGACAUAUUGAUAUAAAAUGCCAUGAAAGGUUAUAAAGCAACAUGCAUGAUUUCUUCUGACAAAAGUACAUUUUCACUGCUUAAUAGAAAGUAAAUCGCAUUAUUGAACAUCUGUGGCUCUAAAUUAAUGAUGAUGUUUGUGUUUUCAGGAGUAAAAUUACCAUCCUUAAAUUAAGGUGCAUUGACCUUUUUGAUAAGAGAGGUAACUCUAACUUGGAUUAAUUAUGUUUAUCUCAUCAAUUUCAAGGGUUUUUCUUUGAAAAUUGGCACUGUAGGAUAUGCAGAAUUUUUUUUGUAUUUUAAAGCAAAUAAAGAUUAUGUUGUCAAAAAUUAGGCCAGUCAUGAUUUUUGCCAUAUGAUAAUUUGUAUUUCUAUUUGGGUGCCAUAUUUAACAUGACCCGUCUUAUAUUGUGUGGAUUACAUGUUUUUAAAAUAAAAGACAAAUGCUGUCAGAUA